AUGGACCAUGCAGACAGGGUUCCAGUGAGCUCUGAUCUCACCACCCACAUAGACACUGCAUCUCCAGUCCCACCAAUUCCCCAGGCUAUUUCUCUGGGAGAAGCAUUCACACCCUCAGGCAGUUUCCACUUAACAUCUGGCAAUUACAAUCCACUCACCUAUCUCCCAGUGAAGACUGACUUGGUGGGCAUUUCAGGCCUGAAAGAAGAGGCCAUCAAGGAGAAGGAGAUGUGUGGCAUAGAGUCAUUGAACAGCCAAGGCAGCCUGGACUCAAACAGGGAGGAUGACAGAGCCACUCUCAUCCUGACCCUCACUCUCUGCAAUGUGAGGAAGAUUGAGCUCUCUAGGGCAGCCAAAGUCUUUGAGGUGUUUGAAACUCAGAUCUAUCAUUUUGAAACCCGGCGAGCCAAAAAGCCCAAGAAGUCUGCUGAUGAUCUUGACAUUUUCAUUGAAUGUGAAGUUCACAGUGCUGAUGUUAGUAUUCUUAUCACCUCCUUAAAGAGAGUAGCAGAGGAUGUGAAAACUAGCAGAGAAGACAAAGUACCCUGGUUCCCCAGAAAAAUCCAAGAUCUGGACAAGUGUCACCAUCUGAUCACUAAGUAUGAUCCCAGUUUGGACCAUGGUCAUCCUGGGUAUGCUGACCUGGAGUAUAAGAAACGGAGGGCAUUCUUUGCUGAUCUUGCCUUGAACUACAGAGUGGGAGACCCUUUGCCUCUCAUCGAGUACACAGCGCAGGAGACGGCAACUUGGAAAGAAGUCUACAGGAAGCUGAGAAGCCUUUACCCUACUCACGCCUGUACACAGUACCUGGAUGCUUUCCAGCAGCUGGAGAGGUACUGUGGCUACCAGGAAGAUAACAUACCUCAACUCCAGGAUGUCUCCAGAUUUUUAAAAGAGAGAACAGGUUUCCAGCUGAGACCAGCUGCAGGACUUCUGUCUGCUCGUGACUUCCUUGCCAGCCUGGCAUUCCGUGUCUUCCCGUGCACGCAGUAUAUAAGGCAUUUCUCUUCUCCUAUGCAUUCCCCAGAACCAGACUGUUGCCAUGAGUUGCUGGGUCAUGUUCCCAUGCUAGCUGACAAGGAGUUUGCCCACUUUUCACAGGAUAUUGGACUGGCUUCUCUUGGAUCAUCUGAAGUGGAGAUUGAGAAACUGGCCACACUCUAUUGGUUCACUGUGGAGUUUGGUCUCUGCAAGCAAAAUGGAUUGAUCAAAGCUUACGGGGCAGGACUGCUUUCAUCUUAUGGGGAGCUUAUGUAUGCUUUGUCAAACAAGCCAGAGUACAAGCCUUUUGAUCCAGAAGUGACUGCAGUUCACCCCUAUCAGGAUCAAGCCUUCCAACCUGUCUAUUUCAUAGCAGAAAAUUUUGAAGAUGCCAAGGUCAAGCUUCAAAGCUACACAAUGAAGAUCAAGAAGCCUUUUGCUCUAUACUAUGACCCCUUCACCAACAGCGCUGAAAUUAUGAACACACCACAGAAAGUCAAGAAGGCACUCUGUCAGAUGAAAGAGGAACUAAAAAACCUCUGCUUGGCCCUUGAAAACAUCUCUUAA